GCGCCCUCACUUUCAGUCCUCACGUCCCUCUGUCGUUGUAGGCUCUAUACGCUUUUUGAAGGCUUUAGCUGCAAUAGAGCCUGACUGAAAGCCGUCGUCCUCAACGUUCUAUCGACGACAUGACUUCGUACGGUACGCCGCCCACGAUCCCUGACAGCUUGCAGAUCUACAAUUCUUAUGUUGAGGAUCCAAAAUGGCAGAUCAAGUUCACCGCGAUAUGGGCAUCAUGCGUCGGAGCUGCUGUCCUCGUCUCCCUACCUCAUCUCGCUAGGGCCAUUCGCUCUCGUCGGGCAUUUAGUGGGCUCUUUGGCGUUUGGGAUGACUGGAACUACCAGCCACUACCUAUAUCAGGAGAGGGUAAAGUGGAGAAGAAAGCUGAGAGGAGUGGAAGACGGCUGGCAGGUGUGCUGAGGACGGUAGCAAGCGUGUUGUUAUGGACGCCGAUGGGCACCGGCUUGGAUUUGGGACAGAUCAUUCUUGUUGCGGCCUACAUUAUCAUCGUCAUCGUUUGCAUCGUCACGAAUGCACCUCUUAUAGACAACCCUAACCGUGCGGGUUUUCUUGCACUCGCGCAACUUCCUGUUGUCUUCCUCUUCGCUACGAAGAACUCUUUGCUCUCCCUCGUCCUCGGUCCAGGCAACGGCUAUGAAAAACUCAACUACGUCCACCGCUGGUCUGGCCGCGGUCUCUUUCUAGGCGCCGUCAUCCACGGCUCACUCUGGAUUCGUAACCAUCUCCAGUAUGAUCUUCCUAUCCUCAGUCAACAAAAGGAAGGAAGUGGCGUCGCUGCUUUCUCCAUUUUGUGUGUGCUAGUGCUGGGGAGCAUCAGGCCUAUCAGGGUGUACUUCUACCAGUGGUUCUGGGUUGUACACGUGUUGAUGUAUGUUGCAUUUUUCAUCACGAUAUGUUACCAUACGACAUAUGCCUCUCCGUGGAUCCUUCCUCCGCUCGGAUUCUACGCUCUCGAUCUCCUCAUGCGCAUGCUCCGCUACCGCAUCAAGAACGCUACUCUCGUUCCCUCGGGAGAGCAAAUGACCCUCAUCAAUGUACAUGACUGUACCUCUGGAUGGUUAGCUGGACAACACGUCCGCCUACGCAUCUUCUUCGGCGAUCGAUUCUUUGAAUCACACCCUCUUACUAUUGCCUGCGCACCUCCCUCAACCUCUUGCCUCCAAUCGUCCUCCCAAUCACCAAACAUGCUAUUCGGCGUCCGAGCGAAAGGUGACUGGACGCGCGCCCUCCAUUCAUAUGCGUCUAAUGAGCAAGCUCGUCUUUCCGCCGCUCUUGCUGCUAAACGCGGCGAAAAGGUCGGCGCGGAUGUUGAUGCGGAAGUUCCUGGCGCUCCGGUUCAGGUCAUGAUUGAUGGGCCAUAUGGAGGAUGUAGUCUCGAUUUGGGGAGGUACGAGAGUGUGUUGCUGGUUGCGGGAGGUUCGGGGGCGACAUUCACGCUUGGGCUGUUGGAUGAUAUCGUGGGGAGGGUCGUAAAGCUCGGGAGGAAGGGCGGCGAGAAGACGAGGAGGAUCGAGUUUGCUUGGUGUAUACGAUCGUUCGGAUGUAUCGAAUGGUUCGCACCAAUGUUACUUGAGAUUGCGAACGUAGCAGCAACAUGCCCGACACUUGACCUCCAUGUCACCGUUUUCGUAACAUGCCUCUGUAAUCCCGAGGCUGUUCCUCCCAUCCCGAAUUCCGCCGUCCUUAUCGAGAAACCUUCGGUACACAGACUCCUCCAUCGCCUCAUCACUCCUCCAUCUUCAUCAUCACCAUCUAAGUCCUCUCCCUCUGCACCGCUCUCGCACUCUACAAACGCGAAAGUCGGGACCGCAUGCCCAUGCAACUGCAGUCCUGACGCAGAGACGUGCUGCUGCGAUGUUAUCAACGCCGACAUCUCGCCUUCUUCCUCUCAAGAAGCGAUCAAAGAGGUCCCCGUUCCCGUCCUGAACUCCAAUUCAUCGUCCACAUCAAGUGAUGAAAAAGUUGACCUGGAGCAAUUCGAGCUUGAGCAGCAGUCACGAGGAGACGGGCUGGAGUGGGUAGGCGAGGGAGGUGGAGUGGCUGUCUGUGCGAGUGGGCCGGAGAGGCUAACGAGGGAUGCGAGCAAUGCGGUUGCGAGGAUGAGUGUGCGGUAUGGGGUCAGGAUGGGUGGGAUUGCGUUGCAUACGGAGGCGUUUACUAUGUAGGUCUUGCUUACGGGAUGGUAUCUGAGACUGGGGAUAUCGUGAGAGUGUAUGAUUUGGGUUCUGAUCUUAUGACGAUGUGUAUUAUUACGAUUUUACGUUGCCUGGCGGAUAUUGAUGAUUUUUCAUGCUUUUGCUCUUCGUCGUUUCUCGCUGAUAGAGCUUUGUUUGGAGAGACAGGUCUUUACAUCCGGUUUCUCAGGCUUGCUAUGCGCAAGAAUGAAUGUUGGUCGACAUCAACGAACGGCUUGGGUCCUUCGAUCAACCUACCCGCUCUCAAUUUUCCACGAGCACUCAUUGACAGGCUCCUCCUUGUACCGCCAGCUUACCACAUCACGGCCGCGUCAUCCUCUCUCCUCUUUCCAGUGGGAACUUGCUUCGAAGCUUGAUGAAUACUGUAGUGGAAGAACACAGGAAUUAGUCCCAACUUUACUGUGUAUCUCUGUUCGUAUUCGUGC